AUGGCGAAUAUCACCGACUCCACGUGCGACUUCGGCCUCGCCCAAACUGAUGACGGAUGCGUACGAACGCUCGCUUCUUUCGACCCGAGCUCGUACCACACGGUGCAGGCCGUAUACUUAGGUCUCGGUGGCAUUAGCGUCGCAGCAAGUAUCAUUCUCUACGUCCGAUCGGUGAAACACGAAGGCGCUCUUCUUCAGCAAUACAGCUUCCUGUUCUGCUGUUACGGCGCUGUGACUAUGGUCAUUCGUGGUGCUGACCCUCUCAGCUACGGAUAUGUCAUUCCGCGUCCGAUCAGUGCAUUUCUCGCCGAUACGUGUACUGCCGCUCUCUACUCUGUAUAG